AUGAGAGGCUCCAACCAGUCGAGCGUGUCCGAGUUCCUCCUCCUGGGGCUGUCCACCCAGCCCCGGCAGCAGCAGCUCCUCUUCCUGCUCUUCCUGACCAUGUACCUGGCCACGGUGCUGGGGAACCUGCUCAUCCUCCUGGCCAUCAGUGUGGACGCCCGCCUGCACACCCCCAUGUACUUCUUCCUCGGCAACCUGUCCUUCGUGGACAUCUGCUUCACCUCCACCACCAUUCCCAAGAUGCUCACCAACCACCUCCUGGGCACCCAGAGCAUCUCCUUCGCCGGCUGUCUCUCGCAGAUGUACUUCCUCUUCAUGUUUGUGGACAUGGACAACUUCCUGCUGGCUGUCAUGGCGUAUGACCGCUAUGUUGCCAUCUGCCACCCCUUACACUACUCAGUAAAGAUGACCCCUCAGCUCUGUGCCUUGCUCGUUGCUGGGUCGUGGAUCGUUGCCAAUGUGAAUGGCCUCUUACAUACGCUGCUGAUGGCUCGGCUGUCCUUCUGUGGGGACAGUGUUAUCCCCCACUUCUUCUGUGAUGUCACCCCGCUCCUGAAACUCUCCUGCUCGGACACAUCCCUGAACGACACGAUGAUUCUGACUGAGGGCGCCCUGAUCAUGAUCACCCCCUUUGUGUGCAUCCUGGUUUCGUAUAUCCACAUCUCCCGCGCGGUCCUGCGCGUCUCGUCCACGCAGGGCAGGUGGAAGGCCUUCUCCACCUGCAGCUCCCACCUGGCCGUCGUCUCCCUCUUCUAUGGCACCAUCAUAGCUGUGUAUUUCAAUCCCUUGUCCUCGCACUCAUCUGAGAAGGACACUGCGGCCACCGUGCUCUACACGGUGGUCACCCCCAUGCUGAACCCCUUCAUCUACAGCCUGAGGAACAGGGACCUGAAAAGGGCUCUCGGGAAGGUGCUGACGAUGCGUGCCCUCCAGAUCAUCGAGCCAUUCCCCAGUCUCUAUCUGGACAUUCUUACUUGA